UAUUAUUAUUUUACGUUUUUUUCAGUUGUAGCAGAAUUCAAUCAUGAUAUUAGGCUUUGAAAUAUGUAACAGUUUUACCCAGCUUUAUUUGGAUUUAUCCUGAAUUCAUAAGAACUGAAAAAGCUGUAGUUUCAGUCAGGCUUUAUCCGUAAUCUGCUGCAGAAUCUUGGCAUUUGCUCAGUUUCAGCUCAGAGCGCAUGCGCCAAGAAAACAAGUUGAGCGUCUCAUCAUCGCGGAGGGCAGGGGCGUGAAGCCCGCAGCAGGGGGGCGUGGCCAGUUUUGGAGGUGGCAGGAGUUGGACGCCUCAGACGCUUUGGAGCUACAGGAGGAGGACAUGAGGAGCGCUGUCCGUACGGCUGCUGGAGGAGGUUUCCAUAACCCAAAACACAAGAACAAAACAUGGCAGGAAAACCAUUCCGAGCCACCUUUAUUUGGACCAGCAUCAUUUCCAACCUGCACACCCAGGUGGAGGUGAAGCAGCGGCGCCACAACCUGAAGUCCUACCAGGACUGCUUUCUGGGCUCAGAGGCUGUGAAUGUGGUGUUGGCCCACAUCAGUUCCAACCGUUUCUUCGGUGACGAGACGGUUCCCCGCUUCAAGGCCGUGCGUCUUUGUCAAGCCCUCAUGGACUCAAAGGUUUUCGAGCCAGUGGGGGUCAAAGUCUUCAAGAAGGAUAAGAAAAAAGCCGUGUUCGAGGACAGCAGUCACAGUUUGUAUCGAUUCUUGGGUGCAGCCACCACCUCUCCACCGACACUGACCAACACCAACUGCAACGCUACUAUAGAGACCAGCUAUGACCCGUCGCCCAUGGACCAGAGCAGCUAUACAGAGGAAAGUCAAGAAGUACGGAGCUAUACUCCUCACUUCCCUGUGAAGGAACUGAAAUCAACAGAGGACAGGCUAGGAACCCUUAGCCUCAGCUCCCCCCUCACCCCUCGGAUGAUCAACCUCGGCCUCUCAGAAGAGCGUCUGCAUGAACUCUGGCACCAGCAGGCCAUCACCAGAUUGCUGCAACUGAUAGAGCUCCCUCUACUGGAGGAUUUGCUCGAAGGCCAGGAUGUUUCAAAGCUGCAUCUGAGCAGCGAGGACGGUGAGCCGGAUCUACUGUACGCUUCAAGCUACUUGGACAGAGAGGUCCUGAAGGCCUUCAGUGAAGCGCAUUCUGAUGAGUGGAUGCUGAGCGCAGUGGACUGCCUGGAGUUUUUGCCUGGAAAGCUGGUGGUGGAGGUCAGCCGAGGGUUGGCUGCUUCUGCAGGCGACCUGCAUUGCUGCAAGAGGCUGCUUUACCAGGUCUUGUCUCGGUAUUACAGUCGACUUCAACAGCCUCCUCUGCUCAGCAACCACAUUUUUGAUAUCCACUCUGGCAUCUCGGAACUUCUCGUGAAUGGGAAAUUUGAGCGAGCUCUGGAGGCCCUGCAGCUGAGCAUAAAGCUGCAGGAUGCUCGGAGCAGAGAGGAGCUCUGGAGGCUUCUGAAAUUCAUGGCCACUGCAGCCAAACCCCAGGAGGUGAAAAUCUACAAGGAGGCCGAGAACAGAAUGGCGGUGAAGAGGUCUUUCUCAAGCGCCAUCGUCUACAGCAGAAAGUUCUCUAGAGGAAAGGCGGGCUUGAUGGUCCUGUUCAUGAUGGACAACCACAGGGAUCUGUUUAAAACUCCCAUAACCCUGCAGAAGGCAGUGAAUGAGCGAAUAAUAAAUAUCAUGAAUGGGAAAGAUCCAGACACAAUAACAGGAUUAUCAUACUGCACAAGAGUAAGUGCAAAGACGUUCUCUGACAAUGCAGGGAAAACCACUAAAGAGGAGCUCCUGUCUUUGAUGCAGGUGAUCUACGAGAAGCCUACACUUUCCAGUAAAGACAAGACCCGGUUACUGGGGCAGUUUUACAAAGCUCACCCUCAGGUUUUUAUUCAGUACUUUGGUAAUAAAUUAUCUAGUAUAAACAUGAUGCUUUGCUGAUAUAUAUUUAUUUAUAGAUAUAAAACGUCUCAAUAAAUGUAAUAAAAUGUCAAAUAAGGGAAUGAAGUUGUUAAAAAGAAUGUGAAUAUCGUGCUCAGAUUAAGAAGAAUUGGAAUGUUUUUUACUUUUUGGUGCAGGACACCAUCAUAAAAUGUCAAAUCAGGUUAAUAUGUGAAAUUUUUUAUUAUUAUUUUUAACUGAACUGAAUUUGUCAGCUUGUACAGUAGCCGAGAAACCAUAGACGGUGUUUGUGAAGUAAAUAUCGAUGCACAGCAGGGCUGCGUGUGGGAAAGCCUCUGGAGUGAAAAUGUGAAGAUCUCUUGUCCUUUUCUAAUGAUUGUAAGGAAGUACAAAAAAAAAAUCCAAUGUGAGUGAAAGUUAGGUUGAAAAAGCUUUGCUGCGUUUUAGCGGCUUCCUCUGUGCAUUUAAAUGAGGUCUGACUUUAGGAAAGUUGAUUUAGGAAUAGCACUCAGUUUUUGCAAAAUCCAAACGAUUUGUGUGUUUUUUCAGUGGGAGGAGUUUACGUCUUAAACCAGUUCAAUCCAGCUGGUCAUUUUCUGAUCAGCGGUGUUUCAUCAUCUAAGCAGUUGCUCUAAAAUCUGCUUCAGGCUGAAAACUGCUAAUUGCUUGUUGGGAUUUAGUCUUUUGUGAUGAACGUCUCAAAGCUUGAUGCAUGGACUGGCUAAUUGUACCACAGAAAUGUGACGUUUGUUAUGAAGACAAAUGGCAUCUGGAAUGCCAAGUAGUGUUAUGGGUGUUUAAAUCCUUAACUUCAUCUUUAUUUUCAGAGGAAAAAGCUUAUUUUGAACAGUGUCACAACAGUGAAAUGCUAUGCCAUUUGAUGUAUUUUAAGAGCUAAAUAAAUGUUUGAAAUGCUUCUCCGUUCAUUCUAAUUGCUGCUUUUGUUUUCAUGCAGUGUUUGUGUUUAGGUUAUGUUAAAAAGGCUGGAAUCAAAAUGUUUCUUGUAAAUGCUUUUUAAAAAAUCCUGUUCUGCUAUAUUAAAAUUAGACUUCUUGUAUUUCCCAGAAAAAAAGUUGGUUUGCUGUGUAUAGAUCGCCCCCUGCUGGUGAUUUGAAAAGCUGCCAAACCAGAAGUGCUGGGAAAACUGUGUAAAGAGACAAACAGGACAUGUGCUUGAAAUUUUUUUCCACCUUUAUUGAAAGGAACUGUGUUUCUUCCACUUAUCUAAAAAAGCUUAUUUCCAGUUUGCCAACCUCAAAAGCCAAAAUCCACAUAUGAAUUUAAAAGUUUUGUACAGUAUAAUGGUCAGUCAUUACAAAUAAUAACUUCUGACACAAAGAAAAAAAAAAAAAGCCCCCCCCCCCC